CGGGGAGUGGGAAAACGUAUACUAUGUGGGGUCCUGCCAAUUCUUUGGCUGAAGAAAAUGUAGCAAAAGAGCAACAAGGACUUACACCCCGUGUUUUUGAGAGACUGUUUGCGCGCAUAAAGGAAGAGCAAACAAAGCAUUCUGAUCAACAGCUCAAUUAUCAGUGCAACUGCUCUUUUCUUGAGAUAUACAAUGAACAGGUCACAGAUCUGUUGGAUCCGAGUCAAAGGAACCUUCAGAUUAGAGAAGAUGUCAAAUCAGGUGUGUAUGUUGAGAAUCUUACAGAGAAUCAUUAA